ACGUGUCAAAUUGCUGCACAUUCCCUCUCCAACCGCACUAACGGGAUAUUAGGCAUUAAAUUGAGUCCGUUUGAGUAAUUUGGGAUCGAGCCGAAGGGCAACGUUGGAGAGCCGCCAUUUACAUUCCACACGUCAAGAAAAAGCAAUUCCCACCACAUUUCCAGCAGAUAGAGAGAGAGAGGAUGUUUGGUCGAGGAGGAGUGUAUCGUGUGUCCAAAGAAGCCACCUUUGGGCAGAUCCCUAAGAGCAACAUGGCAUCAUCAGCAAGCUUCUUCUCUUUAGUCCAGCAACCUGCUUCUGAAUUCAACAAAUCCAACAGCCUUGCAGUGGAUCGGGCCUGUAGCUCCCUGUCUAAAAACAGCCCCAAACCAAAAAAAAUCCCUACAGGGCUGAUCGACAGGUACAGGAGAGGAGAAACUCAUGCUGUGUCUUUCCUAUACCAGCUCUCACAGGUUCUACAGUUCCAGUUGGAGAUGAAGGAGACAGUAACUACAGGAGGAGUAAUUGGUUUCUAUUUUGCAUUCUGUGCUGUGAUUGAUGGAGUAAAGUAUAAAACAGGGAUGGGCAUCACUAAGAAAGAGGCCAGAGCUAAAGCAGCUCAGUUGGCUGUGGAGGAGCUGCUAUCUAAUCUGGAGAUUGAUGCUGCACUGCCUGAUGCUUCUGCAGAUCCUCCUGUACCAGAGAAAGCGCAAAACUCCCUGACUUCAGACGCCAGACAUGGAAGGGUCAAGUUUGAAAGGAAAAAUCCUGUUCAAGAUCAGGUUCCCAGUGCCGUUAAGGACAUGUUCUUCAAGCUGACGGAGAGUUAUCCACAGUUUUCCAGCUGUGGUGAGACAGUUGCUGCAUUCGUUAUAAAAUAUCCAAAUGGGUGUGAAGUGGUGGCUAUUGGUACAGGCAACUAUAACACAAAACAAAGUCUGGCACCUAAUGGACGCAUUCUUCAUGAUUCCCAUGCUGUUGUGACUGCACGAAGAUCACUCAUGAGGUAUUUGUACAGGCACCUGCUACUAUUCUACAGUAGGAAUCACUCUCUGGAGGAAAAAUCAGUUUUCCAGUUGGAUGUGAACACCAAACUCUUAAGUCUGAAGAGCCACAUCACCCUGCAUUUGUACCUCAAUAAGAUGCCAAAAGGAGCUGCCCAGAUGCCCUCUCACCUUCGUCUGAACCCUCUGUCCAUCUCAGCAUGGGAAGUAAAUAAUCAGAUCGGCCUACAUGUGACUGUAGAUGGGAAGGUCUUUUCUGUGUUCUCUUCAACACUUGACCAGAGUGGUUCUCACUUCAUCAGUAUGUCAGCUACUGACAAAAUCACACAGUGGCAGGUUUUGGGUUUCCAGGGCGCAUUACUGAGUCACUUCAUUGAGCCCAUCUAUGUCAGUAGCAUACUCAUAGGUGAUGAAAGUUACACUGAACCACACGGUAUGGAGAUUGCAGUAAAUUGGAGAGUAGAUGGCAUUACCCCCAAGCUGCCCAUGUAUUACUGUGUGUAUCGGCCGUAUAUAAGCCUUGUGCCCUCUGCGAUCGCCACAGAUGCCCACAGCACCCAGAAGACUCUUAGCCUCAACUGGAGCCAAGGAGAUGUUUCCUUUGAGGUUGUAGAUUGUGUGGAGGGCAAAUCUGUGGCGGAGUCUCCCUUUAAAAGCGGUCCUGCUCUUGCCAGUCGUCUGUGUAAAGCUGCCAUGUUGAGCCGUUUCAACCUGGUAGCGAAAGAAGCACAGAGAGAGGAGUUACUAGCUGCAGUUUCCUACAGGGAGGCGAAGAUGAUGGCAAAAUCAUACCAGGAGGCAAAGAACGUUAUGAAAUCUUACUUGGCCAUGAGGGGCUAUGGACAGUGGGUCGAAAAACCACCUAUCAGUGAUCAAUUGACAAUGUGAGAGCCAGUCCACAGAUGACUGUAAUAAGUCUGAAGCACCUUUGGAGGAAAUGUUUGGAAAUUUAGCAACCAUUUAGCAUUAAAAAGGAAAAUUUUUGAAACUUUAUACUCUGCAUCUUCAGUUAAAAAAACAAACAAAAAAACAAACAAACAAACAAAAAAAAAAACACUUUAAAGGCAUUUAAAAGCAGUUGCAUAAGGAACACAAUUUAUAUAUUUAGACUAAAGAUUCUUCCUUUUUUUUUCUUCCUCUGUGUAUUUUUACUUGAAGCUUUAAAAGGUGAGAAGUUGGUCUGGGUGAUAUGAAAAUGUAAAAUAAUUGUUGUAGUUUGAUAACAGUAACUUUCCUGAGUAGUUUUGAUUUCGAAGUUACAUUUACUUGACUUGUGUGCAACUUCUAAUGUUGCAUUGUUGUUAUAUUAAAGUAAUAUGUUGCAUGUUGAAAAUUAAAAGCAAGCAAAUAAACAUAUCUUCCAUCUGAA